GAAUUGAAUAAGAUUUGGAUAAAGUUGCUGCUUCUUUUAACAAUUGGGUUCAGAUAAAAGAAUAAAACCUGUCUACACCUGAUGCUUGUCAUACGUCAAGAUCUUUCAAAGCAACAUACCUGAACGAGAAUUGGAUUGCUGGAUGUAAAUAAGGGUAUGGAUGGAAAACAACGCAAUAUUAGAGGAAGUAGCUGGAUCGAUGCCAAAAAAAUUAAACUUGAUAGAUUACCAGAAGACAAGUACGAAAUUAUCAAGGAAGAAUUCCGUCAAUCAGUAGAAGAUAAUUUUAAUAUGAAUUAGAGAAUCCACAUUGGUCCAUUUGAUUUUCUGGCAAUAGCUGUA